AGAGUGAGAGUUCUUCCUAUAUUAGAGUCUCUUUGGGAGGAGGUGGAGGAAAAAGAAGACGAGGAAGAAGAAUAAGAAGACAGGAAGUGUUUUCUGUUUUGGCGCGGUUCUGAUAGCGGCGUCGGCCAUCUUGAAAUCACGUUACUCUUUCAAGCAGUUCUCGUCGAUUCUGCAUGAACUUACUAUUUUGCGACCGCCAUCGUACCGUUAAUUCAAGAAGAUAAAUUGUUUUGUGUGUUCGUUAAACAAAUACAGCGGAUACGUUUGUUUUCUAUAUUGCUUACUGAGCGGUGAAGCAAACUCCGAAUUGUCCAGAGAACCAUUAUGGCGACUGCUACCCCAAGCCGUGAAGCUAGCCGGUCGGCGGCCUCUACACCUCUCUCUCCCACCCGGAUCUCUCGCUUGCAAGAGAAACAAGAUUUGCAGCACCUAAAUGAUAGACUGGCUGUGUAUAUCGAUCGUGUUAGGGCACUGGAAUUGGAGAACGACCGGCUAAUGGUCAAAGUUUCUGAGAAAGAGGAGGUGACUACUAGGGAGGUGACAGGCCUGAAGGCUCUGUAUGAGGCAGAGUUAGCUGAUGCCCGACGGGUUUUGGAUGAAACUGCUAAAGAGAGAGCUAGGCUCCAGAUAGACCUGGGCAGGGCUCAGGCUGAGCUUGAAGAAGCCACACGCAGUGCAAAGAAGAAGGAUAGUGAUCUUGCUUUAGCAGUGUCCAGAGCCAGUGCCUUAGAAGGCCAGUUGAAGAAGAGUGAAGCAGCUCUUUCUACAGCUGUAAGCCAGAAUGCGGCUUUAACUUCUGAUCUUGCUGAAGUCAGUAGCUUGCUGGCUAAGGCGGAAGACAGCCAUUCUGUUGCCAAGCGCCAGCUGGAGGCAGAGACACUGAUGCGUGUCGACUUGGAAAACCGCUGUCAAUCACUGAGCGAAGAGCUGGAGUUCAGGAAGAGCAUGUUUGAGGAGGAACAGCGUGAGUCUCGGCGACAUCAGGAACAGAGAAUAGUGGAGGUGGACUCUGGUGUUAGACAGGACUAUGAGUUCAAGCUGGCACAAGCUUUGCAGGACCUGAGGAGGCAACAUGAUGAGCAAGUUUCUCUUUAUAAGGAAGAACUGGAACAAACCUUUCAGGCCAAGUUGGAUAAUGCCAAAGUAUCUUCAGAGAUGAAUGACAAGGCAAUAAGCACAGCAAGGGAGGCGCUGCAGGAGUCCUGUAUGAGAAUAGAGAACCUUGGAUAUCAGAUGAAUGCUCUGCAGAAACAGCUGGCUGCCUCAGAGGAUCGUAUUAGAGAGCUGGAGGAAAUUCUGUCGGCAGAGCGAGACAAGCACCGCCGUGACAUUGAAGGAAAAGAGCAAGAGAUGAACGAACUGAGAGAGAGGAUGAACGCUCAGCUGAGUGAAUACCAGGAGCUGUUAGACGUGAAACUUGCUCUGGAUAUGGAGAUCAAUGCAUACAGGAAACUGUUGGAAGGAGAGGAACACAGACUCAGACUAUCCCCUAGCCCAUCAGCUCGAGUCACUGUUUCCAGGAUAACAGGAUCUUCCUCCUCCCGUGCUUCCAAGAGGAAGAGAGUGGAGGCGAAGGAUGCCCCAGAGGUUGGAAAAGGAGAAGGGCAGUUGUUGGUUUCGGAAGAGGCCACAGCCAGUGGAGCAGUCACCAUAUCACCCACUGACAUGGAUGGAAAUGCAGUCACACUAACCAAUGAUACUGAACAGGACCAGCCUUUGGGCAACUGGAGAUUGAAAAGACAGGUUGACAAUGGAGAUGAGGUCAUCUACAAAUUUUCCCCAAAAUUUGUCCUCAGGGCUGGACAGUCAGUCACGGUGUGGUCUGCUGAUGCUGGUGUGGCCCACAGUCCACCAUCUGACUUGUUGUGGAAAGGCCAGGCUUCGUGGGGCACAGGAAGUGAUAUACUUACCACUUUGGUCAACGCCGAUGGUGAGGAGGUGGCCAGAAGAAGUGUAACCAAGACCCAGGUAGAGGUGGAGAAUGGAGAUGAAGAGGAUGAUGUAGCACAAACGGGCAAGGUGUCAUCCAGAGAGUGUUCCAUCAUGUGAAGCCUUCCUGUUCUGUUGAUGACUUUGACUCCUCUUUUUUUCCUCCUUAGCAUCAUCAUUCAGCCUUCUUGUUGAAGACAAUUUUAGAAUGUUUGGACUAAUGGACUAGUCUUUAUUGGACCUGCUUUAAUAAAAGUCACUUCCCUCCAUAUUCCUACCAAUACCAACAUGUGUGGAUUGGCCAAACAUGUUGGAUCCAAAUAUUGAAUUGAACUGUGAAUGAAUAGUCUCAGCCCUACUGGUGGUUCUUUACCUGUAAUUAUUCGACUGGCUGUCAUUCACUCAUUAGCAGUCAGCAUUUUGUUCACAUCCUUCAUGCAUUGUAGUACACAGUGAUGACAAUGAUGUCACGCAUAUCAACUGAAAGAAUCUGUUCCUAAGAAGAUGGAUCUCUGGUGUGUGGCUAUAAAGACAUAAGGGAUUCAGAUCUGUAGUGCUGAAAAAAUGGAGAGUAAUUCUUAACUGAUUUUUUUGAACAUUCUUUGUCCCCUCCAAAAUCAAGACCCUUCUGACUGAGAGGCAUAGAAAUAAAGUUAAAAUUACAAUUUGAUUGAAAAGCCUGUUGAAAUUAUGUGGUGUUAUGUGAAACGGUAAUUUCACUAAUCAUAAUAUAACUAUUAAAUCCACUGCUGGUUGGCAAUCAGGUGCAACUUAAACCACUACAAUUGAACUCCAGACCUUUGGGCUGUCACAUGGCCUGCUGUCCGAAGUCUGAUCACAUUCCUUAAGCAGUCUCUCAAUCCAUCCAACUGCUUUGUCUCUGUCCUCCUUUCCUUUGCUCGUUUCUUUAAGGUUAAGACAUGAUUUCAGCCACAUAUGACACUAUUCUCCAGCUCUGUUUUGAAGCUGGAGUUAACUGUUGUUAACAUAGGGGCUUCCUGUAGUGAUGCCAAAUCUGAAACAAACGCUAGACAUUUUUUACUAUAUUCAGGGGAGUUUCACUGAGAGCAAUACUCUGUUUUCCAGGGGGGCUCUGAUCACAUUCAGAAUGGUGAUUUUUAGCAGUUUUAUUUGAUAUAUUAGCAAGUGUUUUGUUUUGCCUUUGAGUCCUUUGUUGACAUGUUACAUACCAGUAGCAUCGGGGGCAGUGAAUUCCGUCUGAAGACUGUAUUGGAAAGAGAGGGUCACUUGGAGGGUGUUAAUGUACUGGUUCUCCCGCAAAACCGCUGGUUGUCCAUAACCACUACUCUCUAUAAAGUUUGAUCUGAUACAUGUGUAUGCUACUCCAGAGGAUUUCUGGUAUCUGUGAAUGUGGAUCGUGAUAUGGAGUUAUUUUUUUCUACAGUUGUCUGUUUUUGUUAAUAUUAAACUUUAUGACCAUCUGUUGGAUUUUAACAUGAAUGGCAUUUGUUCCCAAAAGGCCAUAUGUCGUAUCUUGCAAGGAUAAUACACAAUUUGUGUAUCUACCCCCUCUUCAGAUCCACUCUUAAAUUGAAUGGGUUCUUCCUUGGCUCAUGUUACUGCUUUCCACCAGCUUUAAUGAAAAUUGAGCCAGUCGUUUUUCUUUAAUCAUGCUGACUGACAAGCAAACAAACCUAACUGAACUGAAAACAUAACCUCCUUGGCAGAAGUAAUGAAAACCUUUCGUGCACACUCAAAUAUGAAGUUGCACUUCUGUAACAGUAAAUGGGAGUGAUAAAUUAUUCUUAAAGCUUGUUUUAGUUUUUGUUUUCAGCUGAUAUGUAACAGUUGUGAGCAGCCCAUUGCAGUCUUCUUUCUUGCUUCCUGUUGACUGUCAGUUCAAUGUUCACUGGUGUUUCAGUCAUCUUUGAAAAAUAAGUGGCUUCCAGGCUUGCUGGAUGUUGAAUCUCGCAGCCAAAAUAAUCAACUGAAGCUGCACAUAGAACUGAAACAGGAAGUGCAUGCAUAUAGAGAAAUGAUAUGAACUAACUUCAGCUGAUAAUUAUUCAUGUAAUUAGCAGUGAAGUGUAUGGAAGCUCACUGCAAACUGUCGGCACAGAGUUGACGCUAAGUCAGUUGUCUCACAUAUAUACAUGUGUGAAAUGGGUGUUAUGUUAGAAAAGUAAGUGUAUAGCCAUGAAACUUGUUAAGUCAUGUUUUUGUGGUAAGAUGUCAUCUUGUUGCAGUCAGUUCAUUUUCUCUGCAGGGAUCAUAAUGGGACUGACUGGCCCACAUCUUCUCUCGGCUGGCUUGUCUUUUCUUGAGCCAUGGAAAGCUGCGCUGCAUCUUUGCAAAUAGUGAGUGGCCUGGAGGAUGUGGGUUUGGCAUUGUUAUCCCCACCUAAGCGAUGAAAUAAAUGUUUAUAAACACAUCAUGCACAGUAUACCUUUUAAAAGAGAAGCCUUGGAAUUGGCUUUUUAAAUCUGACAUCUUAAAUUGACAACAUUGCUGCCAUUUUAAGGACACAAAGUGAAUAGUAAAAGUAACACUUAAUCUCUGUAUUGCUCUCACUUGUGUGCCAUCUCGGGAAGCUCCAUUUUUGUGUGUUUGUGUGCUGUUUGUUACAAUGCUAAUUUUUUUUCUAUAGGUUUCUCAUCUGUUUAAUCAAUUUGUUGUCAUUUUAUUUUUGGGAUUUCUGAUUUGAUCAACCACUUAAACAAAUGCUGAUUCUUAUGUUAAAAUGAUAAAAUGAAUUUCUGAGUUUCUUAUCAACAAAAAAAAACUUCUUGUCCUCUAAUUGAUAAAGGACCAACACUGAUCAAGUCUAUUGGUGUUGGACCAUCUGUAUCUAUCAAAUUAAUAGAUUGUGGUUUUAUUCUAGACCAGUCAAUGGACAACACUGAUAUGCUCUUGUAAAUAGGUCAAACCAGGAGUUCUCAAACUUUCAUGAGCUUUCAUAAAUAAUGCAUAUUCAACCAGCCUCCAUAGUAUUUUUAAAAACUUCCUGUUGUUAUUACAAAUUUCAAACUGUUACAGAAUCCUGUGAGUCUUGGAAUGAACUGCAAUUUAAAUAUAGUGUAACAUUUAAUAUGGAACCUUUUCCUCCAAAGUCAAAUAAGUGAGUGUCACUCAUGAUGUUCAUAGAGGAGUUCUUUGUUUUUCAGAUUUAUUUUUAUUAUUAUUAUCUUUUUUUUUCUUAAUAGCUUGCAGCUUGCAUGAUCAUUUGAUUUUUUUAACAGUAAAAUUUUGCAGCUGAUUUAUUUCAAUCACUGAAACAGAAACCUGGUGUUAUUCAUGUAGGCGUGGAGCAUGCCAAAUGUCAGUUUUUUUUAAAACUGUUAAACUGUUUUGUACACACAAUAAAUGUAUUACAUAAACACA